CUGCGCAGCGCCUGUACGCGGUGACGUCAGGCUCUCGUGGAUUGGCGCUCUGCCAUCUUUGAUUGUGCGACAGGCCGCGGCGCGAGCGCGGGGCCCUCUCUCGAGCGCACGAGAAACCGCUAACCGCCCGUUAUUCCUCGCCUCACACCGGCGGCGCGACCAGAGACGCAUACAGAGAAAGAAAACGACAGGGAGAGGGACAUAAACGCUUCUCUCUCUUUUGUGGAGGAGGUUUUUGUGGGUCGCUAACCUCUCGGCUAGCUGGGACUAGCAUAGCACGAGCUUUUGUAAUCCACAGCCGGCCUCGCUCUCUCACACACACGCUCAAACACACAAUACAAAGGGCCAGGACACAGACCUUCUGGACGGAAUAAACGAUAUACUUGAAGAGAGAAACAGGACCGGCGGAGACAGGGGCUGGUUCUGAGGGGUGAGGCCGCAGGACCAGACUCAAUGAGUUUCCAGCGAAAUGUCCGAGAAGUCAGGGCAGAGCACCAAGGCAAAGGAUGGCAAGACCAAGUAUGCAACCCUUAGCCUCUUCAACACGUACAAGGGCAAGUCUCUGGAGACCCAGAAAACUGCAGUUGCUGCCAGACAUGGGCUCCAAAGUUUGGGCAAAGUUGCGGUCAGUCGACGCAUGCCCCCCCCAGCUAACCUGCCCAGCCUAAAAGCUGAGAACAAAGGCAACGAUCCCAACGUUAGCAUCGUACCCAAGGACGGCAGCGGAUGGGCCUCCAGACAGGAUCAACCAGGAGACGAACGGCAACAAGAGACCCCUCCACCACAGCCUAAGCCAACUGUGCCCCAGACCUCUGAUGUCCCUCUGGGAGGCAGCCGCUCCUGGGCCAACAGCAAACAGUCUGGGCAGCUGGACGGAGCUCCUCGGAUGAGCAGUCAGUUCCAUCAGGAGUUUCCGAGUCUGCAGGCGGCGGGUGAGGAGGAGAAAUCAGGCGAUCAGGAAGAUGAACCCUAUGGGCCGGGCCCCAGCCUCAGGCCUCAGAAUGUGGGUAGCUGGCGGGAAGGUGGAGGCAAGAACUUAAACGUUGCUCCCAGCCCCUCAGAGACCGAUGGUAAGCCCUCUGAGGAGUCAGGCGUGGGUCGAGGCACACCAUCUCCCUCUGUGGACUCCGAUGAGGCAGGGAAACCCUCUGCUGGGGAGGGCAGAGAAAAGAGAGAUGCCAGAGACAGGCUCCCACCUACUGCCCCUCAGCAUAAACUUAAUGGUGGCCAGCCAACGGCAAGAGGAAUGUCAUCUCAGUUCCAUGCUGCUCAGUUCAGGAGCAUGAUGCCACCAUAUAUGUUCAAUGCUUACCCUCGAGGGCCCUUUCCUCCUGUACAAGGCAGCUUAAGGUACCCUGGACAACAGGAGAUGUCUAAGGGUCCACGGUCUGGUCUAAGACCCUCCCAGCCUCCCUCUCAGUCAUGGCUGCAGGAUCCAGACAGGCCAUCAAUUGUUAGUGCCACUGAACUAAAAGAGCUAGACAAUCUGGACACUGAUGCUGAUGAGGGUUGGGCAGGUGCUCAAAUGGAAGUUGACUAUACUGAGAAACUGAACUUUAGUGAUGAUGAGGAGAACCAUUCGGCUAAGGAGAAAGGCAAUAACUGGGAGUGGAUGACUAAAGUUGAUCGCAUGCGGUCAAGAAACACUGGUGUUCAGGAGGGAUGGAAGGAAGGAGAAGAGGAGAGGCGUGACCGCAAGAGCUCAUGGCCUGAAAGUGGAGACCCCAGAGCUCCCUCCCCUGGCAAUAUUGUCCAUUAUAGCAAGACGGUUCCUCCACAAGAACAACAGGGCCAAACUGUUGGACGUUCUGUGGGAAGUGGUGGUCCCCGUGUUACAAAGUUACCCACAACAGCACCCCCUGCUGGUGAGGAGGAAACGGAAGCAUGGCGACAGAAACGGAAGAAGCAGUCAGAGCUCUCAGAAGCAGUAGAACGUGCUCGCAGACGGCGUGAGGAGGAGGAACGCCGCAUGGAAGAACAAAGACUUGCUGCAUGCAAAGAGAAACUCAAACAACUUGAGGAGAAACGACGACCUUCAGCUACAGAAACUACUAAACCAAUUACACAAGCUCAUUGUGAUCACCAGGAAGUGACUGAAACUGUGCCUAAACAACCUGCUGAAACUCCACCCCCUCAGCCUCAACCACCACCUUCCCCUGCACAGCAACCCUGCCCUCCCAUGCCAACCCAUGAAAGGACAGAGCCCACUGUGGAGGAGGUGCCACAAUUUGUUACCCGACAACCUAGCCCUCCUGUCCAUAGCACUGCCCCAGAACCCCAAAGCAAGGUUGAUACUGCUGUAACAGAGGAGAUGCAUAGACGGGUGGAGAGACAACCAAUGAGAGACUACUUCAGUACUGAGGAGCCCAGAGUUGAGGAGCCUUCGUUGUCUUUAUCCAGACUGGAUCAUUCUGUUAGUGAAGAUGCACCUCUUCCGUCUCAACUGGAAAAUGAGGGAGACCCUGGGACUGCUGUUCGCUCUUCUGUCACCUCUGGAUACUCAAAACAGUUCCAGAAGUCUUUACCACCAAGGUUCCUUAGACAACAGGAACAGCUUAAACAACAACAGUGGCAGCAGCAGCAACAACAGCAGCAGCAGGGUGGAGGGGGUCCAGUCUCUCCCUCAGGGGGUUCAGUUCCCCCUCAGCACAGAUCCUUAUACCAACCUCUCGGCCCCCACCACCAACACCUUGCCUCAAUGGGCUUUGACCCACGCUGGCUAAUGAUGCAAUCUUACAUGGAUCCUCGUAUGAUGUCUGGGCGGCCACAAAUAGAUAUGCCUCCUAUGCACCCCGGGAGAAUGCCUCCUAAGCAACUGGUACGAAGAGAGCCCACAGACAACAGCAGCUCUGGAUCAGACACUUUUGAUCAUCUGACCCGACCAAUCCGAGAACACGGAGUUCCCAAUGAGCCUCGAAUGGUCUGGGGUUCUGACCCAUAUCCCUCAACAGAGCCCCUGCCCUCUUCUGCAACCGUAAAAGGGUGUGAAGAUGGCAAGGAGACAAGAUUGGAUGCUGGUCUGGAGCUGGAUAGAGGUCUAUCAGGUGUCUACCCUCAGGACCAUAGCCCACUAGAGCCUAGGGGCAAGAGCGACUUCUUCAGGGAUUCUUCUGAAACCUUGUCUGCUUUUAGUCAUGUUUCGGAAGAGGUUCCAGGUCUCCUGCAGACUGACAGAGCACCAGUCAUCUCUUCUUUUGAACCUGAGGAGGCUAACCUCUCUGGUGCAGAUGAGGUUGAAGCCAUUGGACAGGCUGUAUUGAAACGGAGUAUCUCUCAAGGCUCCAGUCACUCUCUGAAACUGGAAGAGCCCAGAUUUGAAGGACUUCCCAUAGUACAGAAAACCCUGGACUUCCCUGAUACUGUGGAAAGACCAGAGGACAAGUCCAGAAAGGAGCCAUUUGGACAAGGGUCUGUAAUCAACAGCCGUUCCACGCCUCCUGUGGCUAAUGAUGGUAUGCACAAAACCGACAAGCUCACUUUACCUGCACCCAGCAAGCAGAAGUCAGAGAUGCGCUGGGGAUCCCGUGGAUCUGGAUCUGGAAGGAGAGAGGGUCCCGGAGGGGAGCGGCCAGUGAGGAGAUCUGGACCUAUUAAGAAACCUGUGCUGCGAGACAUGAAGGAAGAGAGGGAACGGAGAAGAGAGAAAGAAGAACAGCACGAACGAGGGGAGCGAUCCAAAAAAGAGGAAGCUGCACCCAAAGGUGCUGCUUCAGCUGCUGUAGAAGCAUCUGAUGGACCGAAGCCCUCUGGUGAUGGGAAGAAAGUAGUGAUAGAACCUGAAGUGGGAGUAUCAACUGGUGGAACGAAGUCCAGAGAUCUGCAGGCAACUGUAUGUCCUACAGCCACAACUGUUGCUGAGGAUAAACCAGACAACCAGACAAAAUUUAAUGCUAAACGUUCUGAACCCAAACUACCAUCUCGCAAAGACUCCAAUCUCCCACCCAGAGCUUACCGCAGAGACGAGAGGGAGCGAGACAGAGAACGAGACCGAGAGAGGGACAGAGAUGUGGAACGAGAGAAGGACUGGCCUUCUGAUUUUAAAGGCCGUGGUCGGGGAGAGUACUAUUCCCGUGGCCGGAGUUACAGAGGCAGCUACGGUGGGAGGGGCAGAGGUAGCCGUGGUCGGAGUCGAGGUGACUACCCUUACAGAGAGCCACGGUCACGCUCAGACUUGCCAUUAAGUGCCACCGGGACAGCUAGUUUCCGCUGCAGAGAGGAGAGUGAAACCCGUAGCGAGAGCUCAGAUUUUGAAGUCUUGCCUAAGCGUAGACGCAGACGAGGCUCGGACACAGACUCUGAAAGUGAAGGCAGAGAAUCUGCCAGUGACACUGGACCAUCAGAUCGCGAGCCCAGCUCCAAACCGAGCAGGCUGCUCCAUCGUGAGCUGCCGGAAUCUCGCUCCUCUAAAUCUGCCUCUGGAUUUGCAACCGGAAAUCUUUCUGAAAAACAUGGGCCUCGUGAUGAGGAUGGGCGACCUAAACCAGGUUUUCUUUUAAAGGGUGAGGCCACACGGCGAGGCAAGGGAGGCUUGCACAACAGGCGAGGUGGUGGCAGGGAACGAGGUGGCCACAGAUCUGUUCCUUUCCGUCGGGCCCCUGUUAAAGAGUCCUCACAGUGGCCCUCGAAGCCCAUGGAGACCUUUCGGCCAGAGGAAGCAGAGACCUUGUGCACUGAUAGCAUCCCCUCUGAAAGACGGCACACCAAAUAUGACAACAAGAAAAUUGGAGAGGGUGGACAAAGCUUACGGGAGAGGCCCCGGAGACCAAGGGCAGCCCGUCCUCCCAGACAGGACAAGCCCCCACGAUUUCGGAGGCUUAAAGAACGUGAGGCAGCAGUGUUUGCUGGGGAAGCUACUCCUGGUGUGCCAGUACCUACAUCGGUCUCCCCAAUGCUGUCUAAAGCUCCUGGAACACUGGUCACUUUGCCAGAGGGGGUGGCUGAUACCAGUACAGCACCUUCUCUCACUCCUGAUGUGACUCCCCCUGAACUUCCUGUCACAGAGACGGUUGUUCCUGAAAUGGGAGCCACCACUGUAGUUGCUGCUGGCAACAAAUCACCUGACUUGUCCAAUCAGAACUCUUCUGACCAGGCCAAUGAGGAGUGGGAGACGGCCUCUGAGAGUAGCGACUUCAACGAAAGGAGAGAGCGAGAGGACAAGAAGCAGCUUGAAGCAGCCGUGACCGCUAUCACUACUACUUCCUCCUCUGUGCCCACACAGAUCUCUGGGGGACAGAACAAAUCACCCACAGAAAGUGUGGCAAUCUCAAAACGGGAGAUAGCCUCGGCAGCCAAGAGGAGCUUCUCUAGCCAGCGGCCUGUGGAUCGACAGAACCGAAGAGGAAAUAAUGGGCCUAAAACGGGUCGAGGGUACCCUGGAGGCAAGAGCGAGAGAAGGGGAGGAUCUGGAGCCAAAUCGGGACGGAGGGGUGCUGCUGCUCAAAAUGCAGAGACCGCUCAGGCUAGUACAGGUCAGAAAGCUGGGAAAGAACCAGCUCCCAGCCGCCGGAAAGAGGAAGGAAAGCAAGCCGUCAAAAAACCCAAAGAAAAAGAAAAUGCUUUGUCUCAGUUCGAUCUCAACAAUUAUGCCAGUGUAGUGAUCAUUGACGACCACCCAGAGGUCACAACACUGGAGGACCCUCAGUCUAACAUGAAUGAUGACGGGUUCACAGAGGUUGUUUCACGGAAACAGCAGAAACGUUUGCAGGAUGAGGAAAGAAGGAAGAAAGAAGAGCAGACUGCACAGAAUUGGAGUAAAAAGGGCUCUGGAGAGAAGGGCAGGGGAGGUGGUGGUUCUAAACUCCCGCCGCGAUUUGCCAAAAAGCAGCAAGGAUUGGCAGCAGGACAACAGCAACCAUCGGCUCCAGCUCCACAGACCCAGUCUGUCCCUCAGCAGCCUCAACCACAGCCAGCUAUCUCUGUGUCGCAGCACAACCUGCCUGCCUCCAACCAGAGCACUAGCUCACCCCAGCCUCUUGAGGGCGCUGUGGCACCUCUGGCCCCCACGCCUGUAGACUUCCCUGCCAAGAGUCAGACACACAACCCCCUGGGUACAGAAUUGUGGGAGAACAAGGUGGCUGGCUCCGCUGUUCUCUCCGAUGUCAAGAAACUUGGACCUAUCAGCCCUCCCCAGCCUCCCUCUGCCAGUGCCUGGAACAAACCCCUCACUUCAUUUACUGGGACCAUUACACCUGAGGGUGUGAAAGCGGGAACAGAACACCUUGAGCUGGGCAUGGAUAGCAUCCAGUUUGGUGCCCCUUCUUCAGCAGGCAGCACUGACAGUGACGGAGUGCCCGCCCUGCUAGAGAAAACCUCUGACAAUAAACUACCCGAACCCAAAGAGCAAAGACAAAAACAGCCUCGUGCUGGACCUGUCAAACCUCAGAAGUUACCUGACAUCCCCCCUCCAGAGCACAAGGAAUAUAAACCUGGUCCCAUUGGUAAAGAGCGUUCGCUCAAGAAUCGUAAAGCUGCCAAAGAUGUGCGUCAGUCCGAUGGAGAGGGCCUGCAUAAAAAUGGAACUAGAGGCAGCCGAGACAGAGACUCCAGCUCACCCACUAAAGACAAAGUUCCUGAGCUGGGUGGAGACAUUGAGGGCAUGAUCACUGCUCCAUUAGCAGAAUACUCCAGCAGCUCUAAGGAAUCAGUGACUGACUACACAAUCCCAUCUUCCUCGUUAGCAGACAAUGUCCCCACUGCAGGGACCAAGAUGGAGAAGAGCCUUGUGACACCUGUGGCGCUCCCACACCCAUUGCCUAUUCAGCGAAGAGAAGCCCUGCAGCAGAGCUCCAGCCUUGCCACAGUCUCUCCUGCUACUGUUGACCUCACACUUAAAAUGGAAUCUGCGCGCAAGGCUUGGGAGAACUCGCCUAGUCUUGUGGAAAAGAGCUCUCCUGUCACCUCCUCUGCUUCCCCCAUCACCAGUGGAGGAGGAGCAGGCAGUGCCUCCUUCAAUUCCUUCUCCAGUGCUUCAGUGCCUCAGAUACCUGUGGCCUCGGUCACCCCCAGCACCUCCCUGUCCGGAUCUGCAACCUACACAACGUCCUCUCUCAGCACGAAGAGCACAUCAGCUUCUGACCCUCCCAACAUCUGUAAGGUGAAGCCCCAGCAGCUGCAGAGUUUAGGAAUGUCCAGUGCUAACUUCUCGCAGCUGGGCUGUGCGCCUUCUCUGUUACCACAACAGCAGCAGCAACAGACCCCACAGGUGUUUGUAUCCCAGUCUGCAGCAGGUUCUGCAGCCCAAAUCCCAGCCUUCUACAUGGACACCAGCCACUUGUUCAGUACGCCCCACCCUCGCUUGGCUCCUCCCUCUAUAGCCCAGCAGCAAGGCUUUCAGCCUGGACUCUCACAGCCUACAGCGGUGCAGCAGAUCCCAAUCCCUAUUUACGGUCCUCUGCAAGGGCAGCACCAGCACCAGCACCAGCACCAGGCCCAGCUGAGCCUCAACGCUGGACCUCCGGUGUCUCAACCUCAAGACCUCUUCAGCUCCUCCAUACAGCCCUACAGGUCUCAGCAAGCAUUCAUGCAGAACAGCCUCUCCCAGACGUCUCCCAUGAUGCUGUCUGGGACGCCACUGCACAGUUACCCUGGAGUGCAGCCCCCAGAAUUGGGUAAGCCUCAGUCCAACCUGGCCUUCCAGCAGACAUCAAACACCCAACAUAUCCCCAUCCUGUUUGAGCCCCAGCUGAAUCAGCCCUCUGGCAUGGGAGGAUCACAGCUCAUAGACACACAUCUACUGCAGCGUCAGGGAAUGAGUCAGCACUCAAACCUGUUCUCCGGACAAGUCCAGCAGCAGAGCAGCUACUACAGCUCAACACAAAGUCCCAGCUCUGCCCUACAGCAGAUGACGGUUUCCAUGCCAGGUUCACAGUUAUCUUUGCCCAACUUCGGCUCUGGUGGUGGUCAGCCACUCUUGGCUUUGCCUCAGUCCUUACCUCCGACCCUUCCCCAAGUCCCGCCCCCCAGCCUCAACCGCCAGCCCGCCAGCAAUCCGCCCUAUCGUGGCCUUUUUGGCCAGAAUACACACAGCAUGAUGCAGCCUUCCAAUAAGAUGUGUGAGAUGGAUCUGAAGCUCUUCAGUGGUGGAAUGGAUAUGAAGCCUGGAACUCCACCUGUCAGCGCCAGAAACACUACCCCCACUUCUAGCCCUUAUAGGGCGAGCUCCACAAGCCCCAGUAGUCAGUCUAGCAAGAUGAGCAGCAUGCUGUAUCCCAAACAGUUCCAGUCGGGCUCAGCAGGAAUGCGCAUUGCCCAGCACUUCCCAGGACAGUUCAACCCACAGAUGUUGUCUCAGGCUAACAUGGUGUCUCCAUUGCUGCGUCCACCCCAUACAAACUCCUUUCCUGGAGGGGUGCAGCGUUCACCAAUGGGUCCACCUAUGUCCCCUAAUUUGAGUGGGGGUCUGAUGCCCCAUCCCAGACCCCAGCAUCCUCCACGUGGAACUUCUGGUCCCUCAUUGGCACCACGUGGCACACAGACUGCCCUGAAAGCAGAACAGGACCUUAAGGCUAAACAAAGAGCUGAGGUAUUACAGUCAACCCACAAGUUCUUUUCUGAGCAACAACAACUCAAGGCUCUAGUCAGCAAGCCAACCCGCAUAGAAGGAGCAGGCAAACCCACCGACAGCAUCACUUCAAAUCACCAGGGGGCGCCAUCUGACCGCACAGAGUCUGACAAACCUGCACCUCUAGCAACAACCAAACCCAUCCGGACAGGUCCGAUCAAACCACAGGCCAUCAAACCAGAAGAGAGCAAAUAGUCGUUACUGCUUCAGAAAAGACAGAUGGAUGGAAGGAUGGACUGAGA